GGUGGAACCAAAGGUCGAACGUGGACCAUCGACCGUUCACUGAUCAGUGGGUAAAUAGACCGAAAUUGACGAGUGACGACUGCUUUGGUUAACUGUAAAUUGAGGUUAUUCUGCAAAAAUUGCCUCGUUAUAGAAAUAACACGUGUUUUCCUUUAUUAUGGCAUCAUCAAAAGUCGACUGGGCCAAAUAUGCUGAUGAACAAGAAAGUCUGGCCGCCAAGGUUACCAAUUUAGGUAUUGUAAAUCCUGCCACACCUCCAUUAGAAGGAAGUGAGAGUUCAAAAAGCGAUGAAAAUGAAGAACACAUAUCUCCUGCAGAGAAGUCUUUAUUGCAAAAAAUAAUCCGCAAAGGAUUAGUUGAAACUACAAAGGAUUUGGAGAUUCAGCGUCGAGAUCCGACUUCACCUUUGUAUAGUAUCAAAACAUUCGAGGCACUUAAUUUAAAACCAGAGCUGUUAAAAGGAGUUUAUGCGAUGGGAUUUAAUGCUCCAUCAAGAAUUCAAGAAACUGCAUUGCCUACGCUACUCGCCGACCCGCCACAAAAUAUGAUUGCACAAUCACAGUCCGGUACUGGGAAGACUGCAGCCUUUGUUUUGGCUAUGCUAAGUAGAGUGGAUACAAAUAAAAAUUACCCACAAGUUCUCUGUUUGUCUCCUACUUAUGAACUAGCCAUCCAAACUGGAGAAGUAGCGGCAAAAAUGUCACAAUUUUGCCCAGAGAUAAAACUGAAGUAUGCAGUUAGAGGAGAAGAUAUUCCUAUGGGGUCAACGAUCAAUGAUCACAUAAUCAUUGGUACGCCAGGAAAAGUAUUGGAUUGGGCAAUAAAAUUAAGAUUCUUUGAUGUGCGAAAAAUUUCCGUCUUUGUUCUUGAUGAAGCAGAUGUCAUGAUUGCCACUCAAGGGCACCAGGAUCAGUGUAUCCGUAUACACAAACUACUCGCACCUACUUGCCAGAUGAUGUUUUUCUCAGCAACAUACGAAUCCGCAGUGAUGGAAUUUGCUGAAAUAAUUGUUACGAAUCCAUUAAUAAUACGUUUGCUGAAAGAGGAAGAGAGCUUGGAUAACAUUAAACAGUACUAUGUCAAGUGCAAAAAUAUGGAUGAGAAGUACACAGCCAUCACCAAUAUAUAUGGCGUAAUUACCAUCGGGCAAGCCAUUAUUUUCUGUCAUACGAGAAAAACAGCCGGCUGGCUAGCGGAAAAAAUGAGCAAGGACGGACAUGCCGUCGCUGUUCUGUCUGGUGAUUUGACUGUUGAACAGCGUAUUGCCGUUUUGGAUAGAUUUAGAGCGGGGCUUGAGAAAGUUCUCAUCACAACAAACGUCUUGGCAAGAGGUAUCGACGUCGAGCAAGUAACCAUAGUCGUCAAUUUUGACCUUCCGAUGGACCAAGAACGUCGAGCUGAUUGUGAAACAUACCUACACAGGAUCGGAAGGACAGGUAGAUUUGGAAAAUCUGGAAUAGCUAUAAAUCUUGUAGACUCGUCUCACGCGAUGCAACUCUGUCAAGACAUUGAAAAGCAUUUUGCAAAAAAGAUACACUACCUAGAUGCGGAAGAUGCGGACGAAAUAGAAAAAAUUGGAGCCUAAAGUAACUCUCAUUCUCUUCAGCCCAUACACAGAUCCAAUUCAUACAUUUUGAUAUCAUCGACGUUGUUUAUAAUAUAUGAUGAUCCAGGAUUACCCAGUAUGGAUGUAUCAAGUUUUACUCUGAAUAACUGAACAUGAAUGACGUGUUCAAAUCGUUUUUGGUCGAUAAAUAAUUGUUAUAAUAAAUAAUUAAUUCAUUCGCUAAA